GUGCCCUCGUUAUUUGACACUUUGCGUCGAGUUUCUGAAAGAAGCAGAAGUCGUAAUUCUCUUCUUUUAUCCUAUUAAGCUGAAGUCGAUUUAUUGGGUUUUUGUACUUUCCCAGUUGCUUUAAGAUAACCGAUGACGCAAUAUCCGUGCGUUUAUUAACUUGGCUGUGUGUCUAGUCAUCUGUACCACACACACACACACUUUUCAGUUCGUUUAGUACAAGAAGACAAGGUUCGCGCACUUUGAAGGAGUGAAAUGAGCAAGCCAUACCCGGACGCCAGCCCGUAUCCUACUGCCCCGGCGGCAUGGGACCCGGAGAACAAAUUCAGUGCCAAUAUUGCACCUCCGCCUUAUCAGGAGCCAUCUCCAGGGGGCUUCGGUGCGGGAUAUCAGACAGGUUACCCUCCACAACCUCAGUACAAUGUUUAUCCUGCAGUGCCAGGACAGUAUGGUGCGACUCCGAUGGGCCAUCCGGCAGCGGUCACGGUUCAACCAGGUAUCUACAUAACUCAAAUACCGCUGGCUCACCCGGAGCCUGACUACUUGGGGUACUCCAUCUUCACUAUGCUUUGCUGUUGUCUUCCGAUCGGAAUCGCUGCUCUCAUCUACUCUAUAAUGACCCGAGAUGCCAACAACAUUGGGAACCUGGACCUGGCAAGAAAACACUCCCGAACUGCCCGCGUUCUGAAUCAUACUGCCCUGGGCAUCGGCAUCUGCAUCCUCGUUAUUUGGAUCGGCGCCGUGAUUGCAAUAAAUUUUAUACAUUGAGUUUUCUGCCUUGUAAGUCAUCGUUGCUCUGCUGAUGAACUGAUGAUAAAAAAUUUCUACUGCAAGAAUAUUUCGUAGUGCUUUAGUUUUGUUUCCAAAACUGGCCUUCUGUAACAUGUAUGGAGUAUAUAAAGCAAAAGAAAUUCUGUUUCAAGUGCUUCCAAUGUAAUUUUAUAAAAAUAUUGAUUUACCUAAUGCCCAAACUUGAACUAGAUGGUUUAAAGUAAUUAUUUCAAUUCUUGCAGAUAUUUGCUGGAAUUUCAAGCAACAAAAUCAUUGUGCUCCUGUGUAGCUCUGCGUAUCCACCUUUAGUUGAUAUGAGGUUUCACCAGGAAUUAAUACUGUAUAGAGAGCAAUAAUGGCUUCAGGCACACAGAAGUAUAGGAUGGGUAGCCCCCGUGAGAGCAAGUGCAUGUCUAAUUGAAAGUGUAGCUAUCGACAUUCUACAUUACAAAAGGGACAAGAAUAAAAUGCACAUCCCAUCCUCUGUCAGGUGGAAUCUCAUGAGCUGUAAAUGCAUGUCCAGUGCUGUGCUGUUGUGGUGAAACGACACCUUCCUUCAGAUCUGUCUUUGGGGAAUUUCACUUUGAUUUUAUAACAAACUUCAGAUGAAUGUAUUGCUGAUAAGCCUGCUACCUUAUUAAACGUAAGUGUUGUAUUAUGCAAACUAUUUGGUCUGAAUGCUUUUUUGUGAAUUCUACAGAGUCAAGUAUAAUGUACAGAUUCUGUGUAUUGCAUUAUAGCUUUAAAGGGGUCGUUUACCGUCUUUAAUAGGUUUGUUUAGUAAAACACUAAUCAGGGCUCAUAUUGAAACCCCACACUUACAGUAUGUCUGUUGCUUUGAUUAAUAAUCUGUUGUUCUUUCUCCAAAAUGUGUAUUUUCCAAGACACUUAAAAAACUGAAAAUCUAAUGAUCUACUAUGUUUUCAACAGCAUAUUGAGGGUUGCCAUUGUAUUUUCCAAAAAUGUUCUUUCCUUCAAAGACAAAAAUAACCUGCUUACAUGGCCUACUUUUAUGAUGUGGUCUUUGGCCUUUUACUUUCAUACUGACUAGGGGUUGGAUGUAAAAAUGUAACUCUAUUCAUAAAUAUUCGUGUGCACUUUUAUUCAACCCCCAGCUUCAGUACUUUGCAGAGCAUCCUCUAGUCUUUAUAACUUCUAAUAAUCAUUUUCCAUAAGUGCCGACAAGCUUCUUGCAUCUCUCUGUUGGAGUCUUCGCCCAUUCAUCACAUUCAAAAGCCUCUAGCUCAUUGAUAUUCAAUGGUGUCCAUGCUACAACUGCCUUCUUUAAAUCCCACCAAAGAUUUUCAAUGGGAUUUAAGUCUGGGGACUGAGAAGGCCACUCAAAGGGCAUUACAGGAUCAAUUUCUUAACCAAACUUUGGUUAACUAUAAGGUGCGCUUUGGAUCAUUGUCUCACUGGAAAGUCCAACGAUCUCUACGAUUCAAUUUGUGAACAGAACGCAUCACAUUCCUCUUUAAAAUGGCCAGUUAUUUCUGGGAAUCCAUGAUGCCAGUUACACAGUCAAGAUUUCCAGUUUCUGCAGCAGAAAAAUAUCCCCACAUCAUCAAUGACCCACCUCCAUAUUUGACUGUGGGGAUGGUAUUCUUUUGGUGAUAAGCCUGAACUACCGCUGGUCCUUGUGUCUAAACAGUUUCAGUUUAGUUUCAUCAGUCCUUUGAACCGUUACCCAAAACUCUGUAGGCCUGUCCACAUUUCUCCUGGUAUAUACUAGUCGACCUUUGAUAGACUUUGUGGUCAAGAGUGGAGUGCAUCUUGGAGUGCAGCCAUGAAGUCUUUGUUUAUUCAGUGCUCAUAUUACAGUUGCUAAUAAAACGCUGUGGGUGUUUUGCAGUUUUCUUAGUUGUUCUCACUAAGCUUUUAAGGGCUCUUGAUGAUCCUUUAGGCUUUCUCCCUCAGCCAGGCAGGUUUGCAGAUGUGCCAUAAGUUUUAAACGUCCCUAUACUGCCUCCAGUGGUGCCUCUAGGAAUGUUCAAGUUUUGGGGGAUCUUCUAAUACUCAAUACCUUUCAUGUGCAAUGAAAUAAUUUCCCCCCUCAGGUUUUGUGAAUGCCCCAUAGUCUUACCAAUGAUUGCAACUCACCUUCAACACCAUCAUGGUGUUUAUAUAUGGAUUACAGUUGAAGCCAAUAAAGGAUUAUUAUUGAAUUUCCAAAGGCUUAAUUGUGUUUUAGCUUCACUUUAGCCCAUAAUAGCUAGCAGAUGGUUCUAAAAACAGCAAUAUUAUAUAGGGGUUGAAUAACUGUGACAUGGCUAUAUUAAUAAAAUAUCCUGUUACUCAUGAAUGCUAAUUCAUGCAUUUUCUUUGUUGAUUUUACAUUUAACUCAACUGAUAAAGAAGUCAUGCAAAGCAAAAUCUGGCUCUGUGAAAAAAACAUUCAUUGGGAAAUCGUCGCAAUCUUUUGGGGGUUAAAUAUUUCUGAUUGCAACUGUAAGCUAAUGUCAGCUGUUUUAUUAAAUUGUUUGAAAAGGGCUUAUCAUUUGUGUGGAGAUAUCUUAUCUGUAAAUGUCCUCUCAAAGUCGUAACUAAUAAAAACCCAAUGGUGUAAAGAUGUUCCCACUUUG